ACGGCGUCACGAUUAAUGAGGACUGAUGGGGUCCAAGUAUCCAGGAAGAGGUGAACAAGGGAUCCUUUCUUUGGUACCAGUUUGCACUCGUGAUUAUCACUGGUGACGCCAGUGUCUAGUGAUGUCUAGCGAUCAGUUGUGUACAUCUGGCUGUAGUUGUAUUCAGUUCACUGAUUUGUGCUAUCAGCUGGUGCGCUGUUGCUGACCAUCGCAUAACUUUAAUGAUAGUAAAUUGAAUAUUUUCAUAAUAAAAUAUUAAAGUUAUAUUGGAAAUACUUGCGGAGAGAACCAGAAACAUGUAUCUUAUGUAUUAUUUGAACGAAAAUGGAGACCGCGUGUAUACGCUUAAGAAAGUUGAUCCAAAUGGAAAACCCACACUGUCAGCACAUCCCGCUCGCUUCUCACCAGAAGACAAAUUCUCAAGGGAACGUAUUACGAUCAAGAGAAGAUUUGGAUUGUUACUCACACAACAAUCUAUGCCUACAUAUUAAAAAUUGUUUUUAAUUAAUUACAACAUAGCAUAUAGCCAACUUUUUAUAUUGCACUGAAUGUCAGAGAAUUGUGAACAUGGAGAUCUACAUAAUUAAACUAUUUUAAUAGUA